AUGGCUGCUACUGCCGCCGACGCUACUCCAUUGGAGACCUCUCGCAUCUUCGUGAGAGGUCUUCCGCCCAAAAUCACAGAUGCGGACUUCCGACAGCACUUCUCAGCUGGAGGUCGUGAAGUCACAGACGUCAAAGUCAUUCCUCAAAGGAGAAUUGGCUAUGUCGGUUUCAAAACUCCCGAGGUUGCUGCGAAGGCAGUGAAGUACUUCAACAGAUCGUACAUCCGUAUGUCAAGGAUCAACGUUGAGCUUGCAAGACCGCGGACAGAUAUCGGUGGCAACACCGUCAGCAUCUGUUGCCCCUCCCCCGCCAGUGAAGGGAAGGAUGCGAAAAAGAAGCGAAAGCGAGAGGAUCUGGAUGAGUCGGAUCCCAAGCUGCGCGAGUUCUUGCAGGUCAUGGGCACUGGUCAAAGCUCUACAAACGAGAUGUCAGAUGUCAUGGCCUCCGCCGCUGUUAAAGAGCAGAAGAAGUUGCUUCAGGACGAUGAGAGUGACGACGAGUAUGAGGCCAUCCCUUCUCGGCCUGAGAAACGGCAGAUGAGGGAGGCACCACAGGGAGAUGGUCGUACAGAGCCUUUGCCGGAAAAGGACGAGGCGAUGCCCGACGCUGACCCCGUCUCUGAGCCGACGGAAGUCAUGCCUCAGGACGAGAUUACGUCUGCCCCAACCAAUGGUGCUGCCACAGACGAUGAUUGGCUUCGUUCGAGGACAAAUCGACUACUUGAUCUAGUUGAAGAUGGCGAGGUGCCCCGACCUCCAGUCCAGCAAGACAGUGGAGAGACAGUCGGAACUGCUCCUGUGGAACAGCAAAAGCAGCCGGCGGCCGAGAAGCCCAAGGCCGAGACUGACGGUGGAGCUGUAGCUCAAGACGCCCCGGUUUCCCAGGAGGUCGAGGAAGAUGCCACCCUCGCCACCAUCAAGAGAAACUCUAGACUCUUCGUUCGAAACCUACCCUUUAGUGCCAAAGAUGAGGACUUGCGGGCACACUUUGAACAGUUUGGGGAGCUGCAAGAGGUACAUCUGCCAGUAACUGCUGGAGGCGCAAGCAAGGGCUUUGCCAUGGUCCAGUUCACGAGUGCCGAGUCAGCUGUUGCUGCAUUCCAGUCGACGGAUGGUCAGACUUUUCAAGGGCGUCUUUUGCACGUCUUGCCCGCUGAGGGAAAGCGCGAUGCUGGGCUGGACGAGUUCGCAAUCUCAAAGCUGCCCUUGAAAAAGCAGAACCUGAUCCGAAAGAAAGCCGAUGCCGCCUCUAGCACGUUCAACUGGAAUUCUCUGUACAUGAGCCAGGAUGCAGUCAACGCUUCCGUGGCAAGCCGGCUGGGCGUGUCCAAAUCAGAGCUGCUGGAUCCCACUUCGGCUGAUGCCGGUGUCAAGCAGGCCAUCGCCGAGACGUCGAUCAUCCAAGAGACCAAGUCGUACUUUGUGUCGAACGGCGUGGAUCUCGAUGCCCUCAAGUCGCAAAAGCGGGGCGACACGACCAUUUUGGUCAAGAACUUCCCGUUCGGGACUACGAUGGAGGAGCUGAGAACCAUGUUUGAGGAGCACGGCACAGUCCUGAGGGUGCUGAUGCCGCCCAGUGGUACCAUUGCCAUUGUCGAAUUUGCGCAGCCAAUACAUGCAAAGGCUGCCUUCGCUAAGUUGGCGUACAGGCGUAUUAAGGACACUGUGCUGUUUCUGGAGAAGGGCCCGAAGAACUUGUUCAAGAAUGAUGCCUCAGUAAACAUGACGCAGGGCAAGGAGGAUCGGCCCACCAGUGUUCAGAAGUUGAGCGUCACAGAGCUUUUGGGACGGGACGACCAAGGCGAGGCCAGCGUUGAAACAACCUCACUGUUUGUCCGGAACCUCAACUUCUCCACCACGACGGAUAAGCUGGCGGAAACGUUUAAACCGUUGGACGGCUUCGCCUCCGCCAGAGUGAAGACAAAGAUGGAUCCGAAGAAGCCUGGACAAGUGCUCAGUAUGGGUUUCGGCUUUGUCGUCUUCAAGACAAAGGAACAAGCGCAGGCCGCUCUCAAGUCCAUGGACGGGUUUGUGCUGGAAGGGCACACCCUUGCUGUCAAAGCUUCCCACAAGGGCCAAGACGCAGCAGAGGAGCGUCGCCGGGAGGACAAGGCCCGCAAGGCAGCGGGGCAGCGGACCAAGGUCGUCAUCAAGAACUUGCCCUUCGAAGCGACCAAGAAGGACAUCCGCACCCUGUUCAGUACCUAUGGCCAGCUCAGGGCGGUGCGCCUGCCGAAGAAAUUUGGCAACUCGACCAGGGGUUUUGCUUUUGCGGAGUUUGUCACACCCCGAGAGGCGGAAAACGCUCUCAAUGCAUUGCGAGACACCCACUUGCUGGGCCGCAAGCUGGUGCUCGACUACGCCGAGGCCGAGGCGGUCGACGCGGAGGAGGAGAUUGCCAAGAUGCAGCGCAAGAUUGGGGGUCAAGUCAACAAGGUCGCUCUCUCGCAGCUCAUGGGCCAGAACAGGAAAAGGGUCACCAUUGGAGACGACAAUGCCGACGAGAUGGAUAUGUGA